CUCCCUCCUCCGCCCGCCCCUGAGGCAGGGACCGUGCAAAUCGAGGAGAGGGGGGACGGACAGGCCAGAUGGGGUCCAGCUUAGUGCCCUGGGCUCCCCGCCAAUGCCCUAUCCAGGACCCCCCUCGGAUGCUCUGAGCCACCCUCCUCAACCCGGAUCUAAAACCCAGGACACAGCUAUCAGGCCAGCCUCUCUCUCCACCCCACCCCCUCUUUCUGGCGUCCAUCCCCUUCUCAACUCCACCUCUGCUGCUGCCUCUGGCUGUGGACCUGCACCUCUUCCCCAUCCCUGAAGGCCUGGGGAGCGGGCUGAGCCUGGAUGAGAGCUCCCCCAACCUGGGGCUCUCCCAGGCCAUGGCCCGGGUGCUUCCAGGGAGGAGCCCGGGACCCUGAGCAUCUGCUAGAGGCUUGGCAGAGGCCCCACGGGGACCGUGUCUUCUGAGGACAAAAGGCGCGGCCAGCAGGCAGACAGGAAGGGGGAAGGGGGAGACCGGCAGCCAGGCGGGCUGACGGGCUGACGGGUAGCAGGGGCCAGUGUUGGCCCCCCUCCCAGCUUGGCGGAGGCAUGAAGAUGGGGGAGGGAGUGUGUAGUUGGGGAAGCACCUGCCCAGACCCCCACCUGCCAGCUAGCCGGGCACCUCAAGGCUGUGUGCUGCCCACCUGGUGUUCCCCAUCACCCCCAGCCCUGCCCAGUGCACUCCUCCAGUGCCUGCUUCCCCUGAUGUCUUCGAUUUAGACCAGCCCGGCUGUAUCCACGGCAACAGAAGCAGGAGUGUCACUGGCUGCCAGAUCACUGAGGGUCCCACAAUGUGGCCUGGGCUGUGAUUUAUCCUGAGUGAGACAGCUUCAGCCCCCUUCCUGGAUUUCAAGACAGCCCUGCUGAGAGAGCCUAGGAAGCAGUCCAGACAUUUACAGCCUUCCUUCUCACGUGGUCCCCUUGAGCCCCAUCUUGCUCCAGCCCAGGGCAGCUCUGCUAAUGUUUCCACCUGUAUGUUCCAGAGUUGGCUGCUCUGUGCACUUGCACAGGUUUGUCUCUUGAUAUGUACCUGUUGCAGGAUGUAUAUGUCAAGUGCAGCCCAGCAGAACAACUGAUGGAGUCCCCUGGGGCCCAUCGGGUACUGGACUGGCUGACCCCAUAGGGUUGGGAGCAGCCCCUGCCCCUCAGUAUGGCCAACACCACUGGAGAGCCCGAGGAGGUGAGCGGUGCACUGUCUCCACCAUCAGCAGCGGCUUACGUGAAGCUGGUGCUGCUGGGACUGAUCAUGUGCGUGAGCCUGGCGGGCAACGCCAUCUUGUCCCUGCUGGUGCUCAAGGACCGUGCCCUGCACAAGGCUCCUUACUACUUUCUGCUGGACCUGUGCCUGGCUGACGGCAUACGCUCUGCCGUCUGCUUCCCCUUUGUGCUGGCUUCUGUGCGCCACGGCUCCUCAUGGACCUUCAGUGCGCUCAGCUGCAAGAUUGUGGCCUUUAUGGCUGUGCUCUUUUGCUUCCAUGCGGCCUUCAUGCUGUUCUGCAUCAGCGUCACACGCUACAUGGCCAUCGCCCACCACCGCUUCUAUGCCAAGCGCAUGACACUCUGGACAUGCGCAGCCGUCAUCUGCAUGGCCUGGACCCUGUCUGUGGCCAUGGCCUUCCCACCUGUCUUCGACGUGGGCACCUACAAGUUCAUCCGUGAGGAGGACCAGUGUAUCUUUGAGCAUCGCUACUUCAAGGCCAAUGACACGCUGGGCUUCAUGCUUAUGUUGGCUGUGCUUAUGGCAGCCACACAUGCUGUCUAUGGCAAGCUGCUCCUCUUCGAGUAUCGUCACCGCAAGAUGAAGCCUGUGCAGAUGGUGCCAGCCAUCAGUCAGAACUGGACAUUCCAUGGCCCUGGGGCCACUGGCCAGGCUGCUGCCAAUUGGAUCGCUGGCUUUGGCCGAGGGCCCAUGCCACCAACCCUACUGGGUAUCCGGCAGAAUGGGCAUGCAGCCAGCCGGCGGCUGCUGGGCAUGGACGAGGUCAAGGGUGAAAAGCAGCUGGGCCGUAUGUUCUACGCGAUCACACUGCUCUUCCUGCUCCUCUGGUCACCCUACAUCGUGGCCUGCUACUGGCGAGUGUUUGUGAAAGCCUGCACUGUGCCCCACCGUUACCUGGCCACUGCUGUUUGGAUGAGCUUCGCCCAGGCUGCCGUCAACCCAAUUGUCUGCUUUCUGCUCAACAAGGACCUCAAGAAGUGCCUGAGGACUCACGCCCCCUGCUGGGGCACAGGAGGUGCCCCAGCUCCUAGAGAACCCUACUGUGUGAUGUGAAGCAGGCUAGUAGGCAGACAGGCAGGGAGAAGGUCGUGGCCACCACGAUGGAGCCAACAGAAGGGAAGAGGUAGGGCUCCACACAGGAGCCUUUCUUUCUGAGCUCCAGCCCCAGACCCUGGAACAACCUGGAAUCUAGGCACCUUUGCCAACAUCUCCCCAGGGCUGGGGACUGGGUGGGGACUGGGAAAGAUGCAUUUCUAGUCCUAUGGGGCCUGUCUCCACCUCCUCCUUCUCCACUUCUACAGUCUCUCUCCUCUUUCUCUCUCUCUCUCAGAAGUGACAAUUCAGAAAAAAAAAAAAAACUGAAAAUGCAGGUUUUCCUACUCAUAGCUGAGGAGACAGGCUUUCUUGCUUUAAUGUCUCUCCUCUGACAUUGUCCAGAAGGGGGAAAUUUGUCCUGUAAAAUAGACUUCUAGAGCUCUUAUUGUCCCCUCUGCUCCCAUGCACCCUCUCCUUCCAAGUCCUUUAGCAAGGCCUGAAUGAAAUUGAUCUGCUGAUGAGAGGGACCAAAGUGGGUGCUCGGUCCCCAGGGAGCAAGGUUUAAUUGCUAUGUUGUGUGCAAUGUUGUUUUAGGCUAACCCUGGUCCCAAGGCCAAUCUUUUAUCCAUCCCUACCAUGUCCAGACCCCCCAAGUGUUUCUUGAGCAUCUGUUUGAGAAACAAGGAGGGGAGGGAGAAGGGCCUCUGGGAUGGACCCAGGUUAGGUGAAGAGCAGGAUGUGAGCAAUAUGCCUUGAGCUGAAGAGACCUCAGCUUGGCUGCAUUCUCUCAAGCUGCCUCCAGGAUCCCCAUCCUACAGUUCUUCUUCCUGAGAAUGGAAAUCCACUCCAACCCCACUGAAGUCGAUGGGUGCCAUACAGGCAGGAGCAGCACCCCUCCAGGGGAUGCUAUAGGGAAGCACUCCAGGGAAGUGUAGGGAGAAAGUCAAACUCCCCAGAAUGGCUGAAUCCCAAAGCCUGGGGUCAGAGCAGAGUUGAACCCCAGAAUUGUCUCCUGAGUUCAUGCUACUCUCCUGAAGAUGAAAAUUCUUUGAGGGCCUUGGUAAGUCAUUGUGGUAUAAGCUCCAAGGCACUGUGGACUUGAGUCCAUUCCUCUUUGACCUCUUUUGUCCCUUAAAGCCUCAGGGGCCUCAGGCCCCUCUGUGGUAACCCUUGGCCUUCUGGGCCCUUAGCCCCCACCUUCCUUGCUCUGAACAGCCCUUCCCCCUCUUCUUCCCUCCACCAUCACAUCCACCCCAAGUGGAGCAGAAUGCAGCCAGAUUUCCCAGGUGGGAGAUCCAAAGCCUCCUUCCCAGGGCAGAGCCCACUCUGGGUUCACAUCAAGUCUUAUGGACUGGUGAGCCAAACUGGCAUUCUUUGCCUGGUCUUUCCCAAGUUCUCUGUCCCCCUCUUAUCUCCUGGGAGAGGGGGAGAUCUGUAUUUUUCCACCCCCUUUCUCUCCCCUAUAGAAGCCCUUGUCCUACACUCCCUCCCUACCCUAAGACAGCUCCGGAACUGGGCAAGCCUCGACUUAAGCAAGAGGAAUGGAGAAGGCACUCUAGGCAGGAGAGACAUUAAUGAGCCUGGUUAUGGAGUGGCCCUGGAAAGGCAGGCCAGAGUGGCUGAGAGACUGGUAUACAGUGGGGUACCUGUUCUCUCAGUGAUAGUGAUGGGGGUGCCUUUCCCAGGGAGUGGGGUGGGGGUAGAUAGGGUACAUUCAGGAGGAUUUUCCUCUAUUUCUUUUUUCUAACUGCCUGGAUUCACCACUGGAUUUUGUAAAUGGAAAACUGAAAUGAACAAUGCUAUAUUGGAUGUUUUCUCUUUCUGUCUGUGUGUGUGGGUGGGUGUGUGCCCUAUCUGCAAUGGCCACAUGUAGGGAGGUAUGGUCAAGUGAGACAAUGUGUCUGUGUGACUUUGUUGGGGCGCACUCUGGCCUGGGGCACAUAUGUGAGCAAAUGCCUGUAUGUGGAGACAUAUACAGUGCAUGUGAGCACACACAUGCACACAUGCACCUAAUUGAAAGAAGACAAAACAGUAUGUGCCUGCAGCAGGAAGCAGAGUGUUUAGAGAGAUGGAACUUGAUAUGUAUGGAUGUAGCAAGAGGGUAGACUCCCAUCUCAAAAGAUCUUCCUCCCCUGGCCCAGGCUCUGAACAUGGGGGACAGGAUACUUGAGAAUACCAUCUCUUCCAAAAGUCUGGAUCCCCCUCUCAAAAACCCAGAUAAGGUGUUCCUGAAACUGGACCACCAUGGAGAAUGGGGACUGGUAAUUGGGGAUCAAACUUGGGGGAACUGUUGGGUUAGGUAAUGCCCCCCCCACACACACACACAAAGUAAUGGCUUAUGGAGGGACUGCUCAGUCUGGGAUAGGAGCCCUUCAGAAGGAUCCAUUGUAUACAGCUGGGAUUUUGGUAAGCUUUGAUUAAAUUCAGAGGGAUGGAUGUCACAGGGGGGAAAAAAAAACAAGCCUGGGAGCCUCCCCAGUCAGCCUGUUCCCUGGGCGCUCAAUUACUUUACUCUAUGAGAUGCACAGAAUUGAGUUGACCAUACUCCUCAGUUCUUGGCACACUGUAUCAUCACUGGUCCAUAUGAAGCCCUUAUAUUCUUUUUUGUUUUGUUUUGUCCACUUCAUCACCCAUCCCUAAUCCCAUCCCCCCUCCCACACAGGCACCCCACUCUUGUGUAUUUAACGUGUGUUUUUCCAAUCCACCAUUCAUGUGUUUUAUUUACAUAUACGUGUAUAUGUGGGAAAUGUAUGGUAUUGUUAUGUGUUUUAAUUUACAUAAACAGUAUUGUACUAUAAA